CAGUUCUCUGAGGAUCAGAGUGGACCUGAAACGUUCUGCUGGAGAACGUGACGAAGGAAGGUUCUGCUGUGGUUCCAUUGAACACAGGAACCCAUAAAAGAGAGAGAAAAGCCCGGCAGAACCUGCAGCUGCCGCUCAUCUUCAUCAGGGUUUGAGAUGAAGCUGCAGGUGAAGAUUGAGCUGCUGAAGUUCAGCUUCGCGGUGCUGAACUCCAUCUUCCUGGCUCUGGGCCUGAGUGUCGGCGGCUGCUCCAUCUGGAUCCUCUUCGACUCAGGAAACCUCCUGAACGUCCUCUCCUCCGACAAGCUGAAGGUGGUGGCUGCGGGCCUCUUCCUGAUCGGAGCAGUCGUGGUUCUGGUCGCUAUCAUCGGAUGUGUCGCAGCCGGCAGAGAGAACCGGUACCUCCUGCUGCUGUUUGUGGGCUUCAUCAUCGUCCUCAUCCUCGGUCAGCUGUUCAUCUCUCUGGUUCUGCUGAUCAACAGAAACCGGACUGAGCAGAACCUGAGCUGGACCGUGGACGGGAUCAUCUCUCAGUACGGACCCAGCAGCAGCAGGCUCAGCAGGCUGCUGGACGACGUGCAGACACACGCCCAGUGCUGCGGCAGAACCGGGCCGGCCGACUGGCUGACGAACUCCUUCAUCCAGAGCCUGAACCUGACGAGUCCACAGGUGCUCCCGUGCUCCUGCUUCAGGUCCCGGCUCAGCUUCAACUCUCCGUGGUGCUCGGAGAACGCCAGCUUCACGGAGCCGCACUUCGGACGAGGCAACGGAACUUUUCAGCAGAGCUGCAGUGAGCAGCUCUCUGAUUGGCUGCAGCAGAACAUCCUGACCAUCGUGGCGAUGGACGUGAGCCUCAUUUUACUCCAGAUAGCGCUGCUCGCCAUCGCAGUCAGCCUCUUCCAAAAUUUCGGGGUCAAAGCUGCGUUUAAACGAACCGACCUGCUGGUAGCUGAAGCUGGUAGCUCCGGCCCUGAUGACGACUACGGAGAGCAGAACCUGGACUACACGGACCCCUGA